AUGGCUGCUGUAAAUGUGUAUCAUACAAGUGUAACAACUGAUAAUUUAAGUCGUCAUGAUAUUUUACAAUGGAUUAAUAAUGCACUCGAUGCCAAUUAUGUAAAAGUCGAAGAUUUAUGUACCGGUGCAGCGUAUUGUCAAUUUAUGGAAAUGAUGUUUCCAGGUUCAAUGCAAUUGAAAAAAGUGAAAUUUAAUGCGAAAUUAGAGCAUGAAAAUAUUCAAAAUUUUAAAGUACUUCAGAACUCAUUUAGAGCUGUUCGUAUUGAUAAGAUUGUUCCAGUCGAAAAAUUAGUCAAAGGAAAAUUUCAAGAUAAUUUUGAAUUUGUUCAGUGGUUUAAAAAAUUUUUUGAUGCUAAUUAUACACCACACGAUUAUGAUCCAGUCGCUGCACGUGAAGGGCAACCUCUUGGUCCUGGAGUAUCAAAAGGUGGUGCUCAUACGACUGGUGCAUCUAGUUUGCCAAGAGCCGCACCACAACCAGCAAUUCGACAAACUCAACAUCAAGAAAAUUCAGUAUCACAUGUUUCUGCUAAUCCACCAGUUCAAAGAGUACCAUUAACAUCUACGAAUCAACCAAGACAAGUGUUAAAUACAAUGAAAGUGCCACAACAAAAAAUAUCACCAUCACAUCGGCAAGCUCCUGCUGCUACGACGAGUGCUGGUAAUGAUCAUCAUCUCAAUGGCGAGACUGUUCGAUUACAAGCUGAGCUCGAGAAUUAUCAUCAACAAAUGGAUCAAUUUCGGCAGCAAAUUGAAGGUUUGGAAAAAGAACGUGAUUUUUAUUAUCAAAAACUACGUGAUGUUGAAUUAAUAUGUCAAGAACCAGAUUGUGAAAAUUUACCUCAAAUACAAAAAGUUUUAGAAAUUUUAUACGCAACAGAGGAAGGAUUCGCAUCGCCGGAAGAAAAUGGCAAUGGUCAGGAUGGAGGUGUUUUGAUACCAGCUGGUGGCGACGAAGAAUAUUGA